GAUAAUCAUGCAUUCAGAAAAUUCCAAACAUUUUUCAAUGUUGUGAUAGAAUCGGGCAAAAAAUAUUGUCAUUUUGAAGGUGUGGAUGCGGAAAUAUCGAUGUUUCUUAAAGGCUCAUCUGGUCAUAAUAUUUUAGCUGCUAUAAAUAUAUUAGCCGAAGUAAAUCAAAACUGUGAAAAUAAAAUUGCAGCCUAA